UUGCCAUAUAAAAAAAAAGCAACGUCAAUUUUUUUCAACCUCACGAAAAAUCUUUCUGUGAUAACUCUAUAGUUUUAUGUUUUGUGACCGUGCGAUGUGGCCUUAAGAAGUAGAAAAAUCCUUUUUUUUUAUCUAUUUUAUUUUAGGAUGAUUAUAGAGUGUGGUUUAGCAGCGGUGUUACUGUAUAUUUGCAAAAAGUUUAUGCAUUAGCUUCAGUGUCAUUUAGAUAUCACGAUGCGUAUCGGUUUUGUGUUAUACUGGUGCGUAUUUGCUUUUCAUCUGUGUAAAGCGGAUGAUGGGGAGAGGACAGAAUCUAGGGAGGGUGGGCGAAGGCCGCAGUGGGGGCCCAUGGUGCGAAGUGGUUCAUUCAUCAGCGAUUCAGCAAGUGCAGCGUCAAAUGAAAUAAUACUGGUCGAAGCAUGCAACAAUGAACCGUCGUGUCUCCAAGACCACGCCGGAUUGGAGGCCAUCACUCAGCUACAUAGACAGCUGGAUGAUGACGCGAACGGCAACGUCGACUUAAGUGAAAGUGAUGAUUUCCUCCGCGAAGAGUUGCAAUAUGAUAGCGGGUAUGAAAAGCGGCAACGCGCCUUCCAUCACAACGAUGAUAUGCACAUCUCGGUUAAGGAGCUCUGGGAGGCAUGGUUGCGGUCAGAGGUGCACAAUUGGACGGUGGAACAGACGGUGGAAUGGCUCUCCGAGUCAGUUGAUCUGCCACAAUACAAGACAUUGUUCCUACAACACCGCGUCACGGGAGCCACUCUGCCAAGAUUGGCGGUGAACAACAUGCAGUACUUAAGCAAUGUUUUGGGAAUUAAAGAUCCAAUUCACAAACAGAAACUUGCUUUAAAAGCCAUGGAUGUCGUGCUUUUUGGACCCCCUAAAGAAGGCAGUCGAUGGAAAGACUGGUUACUCGCAUCUCUCCUGCUGGGCGCUGUAGUCGGCGGCUGGGCGGCGCUUCGUGCUGGCCGCGCAAGCCGCCAUCAAGUGCAACGUAUGCUGCGUGAUAUGGAACAGCUGAGGAAAGCUGAGAUGGCUCUCGAUGAUAUGCAGAAGGAGCUCGAGAAAGCUAGAUUGGAACAGGAAAAUGUGACUACUGAGAAGCAAAACUUAGAAAAGAAAUUACGAGAAGCUGGCGAUACGCCGCUUUUGAAUUCUGCCUCGUCCGAUCUCGAAGUGACGCAACUGAAAGCUGAAAUAGAAAUGCUUAGAGGUGAACUACGUCGAGCCGAAGGAGAACUUGAAGACAGAUGCUGGGCUCCUCCUCCAGGACUACAGCAAUGGCUGCAACUGACCCAUGAGGUGGAAAACAGGUCAUACUUAAGAAAGAAACAGCAGGCAGACUGUCAAUUGCAACAGGCAAGGGAAGCGUGCGAGAAAUUGCGUAAGAAGCGGUCGAGUUUGGUUGGUGCGUUCGUGUCUACACACGGGAAGUCGAUAGACGACGUGGACCGCUCCAUCGUGGAGGCGCGCACCGCACUCAACGAGGUCACGCAGGAGCUGCAGGAACGAAUGCAUCGAUGGAAACAAAUCGAGCGUCUCUGUGGCUUCAACAUAAUCAACAACAACGGCUUACAGUUCCUUGAGAGCACUUUGUACAGGACUGCUAAUGGACGACAAGGAAGAGUCCGUAUGAGCAGUUCCCAGGAUGACUUGAGUGUAGGCGACGAUACGUCUCUUUGCGGCUCAGUGACGGAAACGUUUGGGUGGCGAGAGGAUUCGUCUGGCAGUGAAGAACCUGAUGCACCACAUUAUCCGUUAGAUCUAAGACUAGCCGAGGCCAGAUUACAAUUAGAAGAGAGGUUAGCACAAGAGGCAAGAGAGAAAAAACAAGACGAAAGGAGGGCAGAGGACAGGAGAGCAAUCGACGAACGCACGAGGAGCUCCUACAACGAUGUCAGGAAGAGUCCAACAGACGAGCGCAGGCGAGACCCCGUGCACUUCGUACUGGGGGGGGACAACGUGAACUGGACGGCCGAGGAGCUCCCGCGCGCCGCGCACUCGGCGUCGCAGCCGCAGCUGCGCGCCGCCGCCCGCGCGCCGCUGCCCCCGCCGCGCCGCGCGCCCGCCGCCCCCGCCGCCCCCGCCGCCGCCGCCCCCGCCGGCGCCAUGCAGCGCUCGCGCAGCACGGACGUGGUGGCGGGCCCCGCGCGCGCGGCCGAGGAGGAGUCCACCGACUCGUCGCUCGUGGACGACGAGGGCGUGCCGAAGCCGCGCCGGCGCCGGAUACACCUCCCGUUCGGCAAGAAGGCGAAGACCCCCGCGUGACCCCCCGGGGGAGCCUCCCGCCCGUCGACGAGUCGGCCCGGUGUCGUUUCGCACGUUUGCCUUUCGGUGUUAGUUGAAUUGCACGUAUUUAAUUCUUAUUUCGUGUCGUGUAAUGUUUUCACUCCUUCGAAUUAUUCCAUAUUUUUUUUAUUGUUACGUCCCUCCUCCUUCAAAUCUUUCGUGUCGUCGCUUCGUAAUCGUGUAGUUUUCCGAUGUGUGAUAUUUCGAGCUAUUUUAUUUUAAUUGAUUUAUGAGCCGUAGCGUCGCAUCCCCUUUACUUUUUGGAAUGUUUCGUGGAGUUUAAUUUAUAAUUUUAUUUAUGACUUGUAUUAGAUAAUUUUACAUUCAAUUCGAUAUUUUUAUUCUUCGUUUUAUAUGAAUGCGAUAAACUGUGCUUAAUAUAUAUUUUUUAAUUUGAUUAGAUGUUUUCAAGUAUUUCUCUUGUAAGUACGAAGAAGCAAUAUUUUACUUGUAUACCAUUAAACUUAAAUAGUAAAACUCCUAUUAUAGAAUAAGUUAAAAUUAAGGUUAGAACUUAAUAACCUGAAAGGCUAUACUUAGUGAAAAUUUUACAAAAUAUUACUUAAAGUUAAAUUUGUAUUUUACAAUGGUUCGUUAAUUGGAAAUUAAGAUAAGGAUUAUUUAUACAUUGGAAUCUGUUUGAACUGCGAAGUUCUCGAAUACUUAAUAAAUGUGAGCGUCCAAUGUUAAGAAUUGUUUACAAAAAUCAGUACACAUGAUAAAUUUUAUAUAUAUGUACAUGUCUCAAACAAUAUUGGUUGUGUUGAAGCAUAAAAUUCAUGUUUCGUAAUAUUUUUUUAUUAAUUAUAUAAUAUAUUAUUUUAAACAAAGUAUAUCGCGUCAUUCCCUGUUGUUUGUGUAGUAUGAUAGCGAUAUAAUUGCCCUAUAGAUGUAAUAUAGAAUAAUAUUUAAGGCAAUUCGGUGCUAUAUGAAUAUUUUCAGACUGAAUACCACAAUGGAUCAUGUUGGUUAAUAUUCAUUAUUUGUGGUACAAGAAAUUGUAUGUCGAUCCUACUUAUUACUUUCUGAUGAUUUUUUUGUAUUUAUAUCGUCAGAUGUAAACCUAUAAGUAUUCAGGAGUAAUCGUAGACAUAGGUAAGGGCUGAGCACUAGCCUUAGGAAAUCAUCACCGUGUAGAAAGAGACAAAGCAACUUCAUUUUAUUUAUUUACAAAAGACAGAAUGGACAUCUGAUUGUAGAAGGUCACAGACAAAUAAUUUUAAAAAACAUAUACUAUACCUUACACCGUCAGUGACUCAC